GAAAUGAAACACAAUGACUCGAGAUAUUCGGAUGCUCUUUGUUUUGAAUGUUGCCAUGGUGAUUACUGUAACAACAAAGGAUGUAGGGAAAGUGGGAUUCCAGACAGAGACAGACGAGGACCUAUCUGUUUUGACUGUCAACAUGUUUCAUCUCCUGAGGAGUGCGUAAAGAUUUCUCCCUGCGAUUCCAAUCAGGUGUGCCGUAUAGAAGAAUACAAAUGGUUCGAUCAUUCACACUUCAAACUUGGAUGUGGACACGGACUGUGUGAUCCUGUCAGUAGAAUGGGUAGUCACGUGUUCAAAAGAUCGACUCCUGUGUGUCAGUCGUGCUGCACCGAAGACUACUGUAACAGAAACUGUACGACCUCUUCUCAAGGUCAAACUGGAUCCGUUAUCGUCGGCUAACUUGAGAUCUUCUGCAUGAAAAGCAUGUUUGGAUUGGAAUAUAUAAAUGACUUAUUAAACACGUUGUUGUGUAAGACUUUCAGACUUUUAUCAUUGCCUAAGUGUCCAAAAUGUUUUAUUUAUGGUUUAUAUUCAUUCCGAAUAUAGAUGAUGUCCAAAAUAAGACUGACUACCUUUAAUGAAUAUUGUCUCUCAAACAACAGAUUGACUACCUUAAAUUAAUAUUGUGUCAUUAACGUCGAUUUUCAGCAUCACCAAUAUAAUGAUUUAAACGCUAAAAGGUAUAUAAUUACAUUUUCAUGCAUCUAAAAUAUGAUAAAACAUACAAUUUGUGUAAACGCGGCAGGGUAUUGGUAUAGGUAAUAAAUUUUAGGUGUGUUCCUCCGCCUUAAUAGCCAUGAACACUUGCCUUUAUCCAAACUGGUUUUGAUUUUUGGUCAAAUUGGUGAAUAUGAUUAAACGGGCACCUGAUUACAUUUAUAAUCGUCAAAAAAUGGAUCCAUAUGUACUCAAAAGAGAGAGGAAAUAUUUAUAUCGGCAUUAAUUUACAUCCUACAUAAAGGUUGGAAAUAAAAUCAUAUAAUGAAAACCUU